AUGUCUGCCACUUUCGCAAUGCCCAAGAAGAAGCUUACCUGGCUGAUAACAGGCUGCUCUUCCGGCAUGGGCCUUUCGCUCGCUCGCAUCGCGCAGGCAAGCGGACAUACUGUGAUCGCCACUUCCCGAAAUCCUUCGCGCACACCCGACCUGGUUACGGAGGUUGAAGGCAAGGGAGGCAAAUGGACUCGACUCAACGUGGACAGCCCCAACAGCACUCAGGUGAUCGAGAAUCUGGAAAAGUCUGGUCUGGAGAUUGACGUCUUAGUCAACAAUGCGGGCUUUUGUGUCUUCACCCCGAUAGAGUCCGCGACCGAGGACGAACUCCGGGUCCAGAUGGAGUCCAUGUAUUUUGGCCCUCUGCGUCUGAUCCGAGCGGUCUUGCCUCACAUGCGACAGCGAAGAUUCGGUAUCAUUGUCAACAUGAGCAGUGGAGCUGCCAUCGACGGGAACCCAAGUAUGGGAGGCUACGCUGGAGCGAAGGCUGGACUUGAUGGCCUGACGAAGAUCCUGGCCAAAGAGGUGGCCCAAUUCAAUAUCCGUACUUUGACUGUCGUCCUGGGUACUUUCAAUACCAAUUUUGGUCAUGCGGCCCGCUUCGGCGAGAACCCUCGCCCAGAUGAUUAUAAGGGAUCCUUUGCCGAAAAAAUGAUCCUGGCCAUUUCCAGCGGCGGGGGGAGGCCAAACGGUGACAAAGACAAGGCGAUGAAGGCGGUUUACGAGGUUGUGGUGGGAGAGGGCGCCGGAGCAGGACACGAAGCCGAAAGAUUUCUUCCCAUGGGGUCCGACAUGACAGCCAGGGUGAAGAUGUUGCAGGAUUCUCUCGCACACAGUCUCGAGGUGUUUGGUGACAUGGCCAACAGCGUAGAUCUUGAAAAGUAA